AUGGUGGUUCUAGCAGCGUCCAUCUGCACAAGAGGCGGAAAAGCCAUUCUUUCGAGACAAUUCAGAGACCUGUCCAAGGACCGUGUCACGUCGUUGUUGGCCGAGUUCCCAGCGUUGCUGUUGGACACCACGAAAACUCAGCAUACCACGGUGCAAGGAGAAAACGUUAGAUACGUGUACUCGCCGUUGGAGGAAUUCUAUGUGGUUCUGAUCACAAACAAGCAUUCAAACAUUUUACAAGACAUUGACACAUUGAACCUGUUUUCGCAGACCAUCAUGUCGAUUUUGAGGGUUGUUGACGAACGAGAGAUCUUUGACAACUGUUUUGAAAUUUUGAACGCGUUCGACGAAAUCAUCAAUUUGGGCUACAAGGAGAACCUGUCGUUGUCGCAGAUCAUCACGUUUUUGGAAAUGGAGUCCCACGAAGAAAAGAUCCAGGAAAUCAUCGAGAGAAACAAGGAAUUGGAAGCGGCAGAGGAGAGAAAGAGAAAAGCCAAGGAAAUACAAAGAAGAGAGAUGAUGAAGAAGAACAUGGAGUCCUACGAGUUCCAGCAGUCACAGAAUUUCGUGCAGCCUUCAUACCAGCCGGCCGCGCAGCCUGCACAGCAAUUCAGCGAGCCAGCAUACUCUGCGCCGCAAAAGCCAUUCGCCAAGGCUCCUCCACGGAAGGGAGGAUUGCAGUUGGGAAAGAAGGCCGCCAGCUUGGGCGGCGAGGCUCAACCAUUGUUAAUUUCUACACCUUCUCCAAGACCGACUUCCUCGCAGUCGGUCAGCACUCCCGAGCCGGCUGGCAAGGAGAAGAUUGCCAACAACGGUAUUCUGAUACUCAUCAACGAGAAGUUCACCGGACAGAUCACCAGAGAAGGUUCCAUUUCCACUGCAGAGGUGCAAGGAGACUUGCAAUUGCGUAUUAACGAUCCGUCGCUUGCAUUUUCGUUGGUCAACCUGCAACUUGGAUCCAAAGACGGACAAAACACCGUUUACAAAACACAUCCAAAGGUGGACAAGAACCUGUUCCAAUCGGACUCCAUUAUUGGCAUGAAGGACCAGACCAAGCCGUUUGCCUCGAACGAUCAGCCAUUGGGCGUUCUGAGAUGGAAGUCUGUCUCCAAGACGUCUGUUUCUGAAGACGCCAACACUCUUUUGCCGCUGGUUCUGACCACGUGGGUCAAUAACAACGAGGACGGAACGGUCAACCUGACUUUCGAGUACGAGGCUCUUGCCGAAAAACAGCUGGACGAAGCCAGUUUGCUCAUACCUGCUGGCGAGGCCACCAUCGAGUCGAGCGACCACGACAACGUUUCGUUGCAAUACAUCGAGGAAGGCUUGUUGGUGAAGCUGACCGGUCUGCAGGAGAACCCAUCUGGCUCGUUUGAGAUUGUUUGUCACGGAAUUGAGGACGAGGAGGCGUUGUUCCCUAUGGAGGUUGUGUUUUCGAUUUCCGAGCCAAUCGAGUCAGGAAAAGAGCUUGGAGACGUUGCUGUUGUUUCUGUGGUGAGCGCCGAGUCCAAGGAGGAACUUCCGUUUGAUGUCCACUACAACGGCUCGAACGAAGGAUACUACAUAAUUUAG